GUGACGAAAUCAAGUUGCAUGACGUCUGACGUUGUUUACGUUUUGUCGUUCUAUAGUUGACCAGUUGUAUGCGUUUGUACACUUGAAUUUACCUUUGUUGUGAAGAUGAGUAUAAAUGGCACGUGGAUAAACGCGAAGCCUCUUCGUUUUUUCGAGGCUUCAAGUCGAAAACACGAAAGAUGCACGAGGGGACGUGGACCAGAUACGAUGUUUGCUGACAUAGACUGCUGAACCUACCAAACCACACAGUGAAGGCCAUUUUCAGGACUAAAGACGACUCAGGAAGGUCUAACAUGGCAAAUGAACUCCAUGAAACCAUCGUCAUGGCUAAACAGGAACGCCACAAAAACCUUUUUCUUAACUACAGGAAUCUGAUAAACUUUCCAGCAGAGCUGCUGAAAGGCGAAGGCCUGCAGUUUCUGGAAAGACUGUACAUGAAGCGGAACUCACUCACUACACUGCCUGACAAUCUUGCACAGCAGCUGCCAAAUCUCAUAGAACUGUAUUUGCACUCAAACAACAUAGUGAUGAUUCCUGAAGCUAUUGGAAACCUGGCCAGACUGCAGUCGUUGGACCUGAGUAAUAACUCAUUGCUACAUUUGUGUCCAGAGAUUGGACGGCUAAGGUCACUGAGGCAUCUGAGACUCUCCAAUAACCAUUUGAAAUCUCUUCCAGCUGAAAUCGGUGAUCUUAAGGACCUGGAGACUCUGGAAAUUUCUUUGAACAAGCUGGUGUCCCUUCCAUUCCGGCUGCAUCGCUGCAUCUCUCUGCAGACUCUAAUUGCAGACCACAACAAGCUGAGCUACAUUCCUCGCCAUCUCUGCCUCCUCCACCGUCUUAACCAGCUGUCUUUGGCUGCAAACCAACUCACCUAUUUACCACCAGAUCUGGGUCGAUCGAGAGAGCUGCAGUUUGUGUUUGUGGACAGCAACGAGGACCUCAAAUGCCUUCCGUCCUACUUGUAUAACAAGGUCAUCGGCUGCAGCGGGUGUGGUUUGUCCUCCCGGUCUCAACAGGUUGACCCUGAUGAUGAACUGCUUUAUGGGGUUUUGCCAGCUGAAGUUAAGGUGGUGGCCUCUGAGACGAACAGUGUGGUUCCUCUGGAGGAGCUCGCCAUGAGAACUUUGCACCUUCUUCACCAGCACCGUCCUGCAGAUCCUUAUUUGCUUCCGGCGAUCACGCUCCCCAGAACUUUGUUGGACCUGCUGCAGUUUCCUCUGGGUCACUGCCACUGCUGCAGCCAAGCCAUGUUCACCGUUGUUUACCCCAAAUGUUUCCCACUGCGGGAAACUGCUCUGGCAGAUGUUCAUCGCAGGACUACCGUCAGUUUUGUGGCCUAUUGCUGCUCCAGUCAGUGCCUACAGAGAUUUAACCUCCAGUGAUGAUGAUGAUGAUGAUUGCCUCAUCCUCCCCGACUCCUCUCACUGUGACGCACAAGCUCAUGGUCAUCCAUCGCUUACUGAUGAAUGUUGAAUCUAAAAGGUCUGAACUGCACUGAUGUCCUGGACUCAAUUGGCCCUCAGGGGAUGAUGGACCCUUACUGAUAGGAACUUUCUUCUCUGGUGUGUUGACUGAAUGUCAAGAUACCUCUGUGCUCUUUCAUCUGAUUGGACCAAAACAGUGUUGAACACUCAAAAUGGAAAUGGUUGAUUUUUUUUUUUUUACUCUUGUUUGGUAUUUUAUAGGUCGAUUUGACAUGUUUGUCAUGUUAAAGGCGCCUUUGAAAAAUAAUUUGCCUUAUGAUACUAAAUAUAUUUAUUCUAAUAUUUAACAUAUAUUUUCAAAAAAGUAGCACAAACCAAAUGAAAUGGAAUGACACUCAACUGAUGACACUAUUUGUGGCCGGGACUUCACUGUUCAACUUUUGUGAGCCCAAAGGUUUGAUUGAGCACCAGGUUAACUGCUGGCUCACUUUGUGUUUCACAUUAAUCAGGUGAGGUAAUCAGAUUCUUUCACUCUCAGAUGAUGUUUUAUUUUACACUGGGUUAAUUAAUUAUUUAUUUUUUUUUAUUUUGAUGUUGACAGUAAAAUGUUCACCAUUGCUUGAUGUGGUAUUUACUUGUCUUUUGAAUCCAGAGCCAAACAUUUCUAUGCGAUUUAAAGCGAGCAGGAGAUCAGCUUGAAAAGUUUCUUAUUUGACACUGCAGUCUACAGAUGAGCAGCAGAGGGAGGAUAUUAAAAACUGCCGAGGACGAUGGAGCCGAAAGCCGACCGGAUCCAUUAUCAGAUCGAUGCCGUUCGGAUGAACAUGAGACGGUGAUGCUCUCUAGCUGGUGCUGGAGUCCUCGCUGGUCCCCGUGGGACGAUCACAUCUCUGAGAGCGCAUUAACCCCCAUCAUAAUAACACGGGAGGAGAGCGGGAGUGGAAUAUCAACUAAAGCUGAGAGAUGCUCUGCUUCUGUCUAUACACAUUGAAGACUAU